CGAGAGUGGUCAGGGCGAGCGAUUUGCCUACGCUCGGGCCUGACCUGUCUCAGUGUGAAGCCGUAUGGCGUAUUUUGUUGAAAAAGUCAUUGACUGUCAUGAUUGAAGGGCUGCAUACUGUGAGUGUGAGAGCUGUUGCUUGAUGAAAUAUCGGCCAGCAUUGACUCAAAGUGGUUUUUUCCAUUACACUGCAGCACUAGUACGCCAUCAAGAAAAAAUCUUUGUCGAUAAUCGCCUGCAGUGCAGGAGGUUGUCGAAGAAGAUCUCCGAGAUCAAGAUUCUAGCGGACACAUCUUGGGCAAGAACCGCCAUUCAUCUAGAUCGCCCCCAAAUCAUUUUUCCAAGAAUAGAAUCAGUUCCCUAGUUCGUUGAGGUUGACUGUUGACGACGAGCUGUCCAUUAUUCGAUGUUCACGAUAUCUUUUUCGUAUUACAUAACUAUUUGUUCAUGAAGAUGAAGUGAAAUUGAAAUACUAGUGGUCGUGUUUUUCUCAGAUCAGAAACAGAAUCGGAAAUAGAGAUAAAAAAUCAAUCUUGUUCUUGUGUACUAUCUUCUAAUAUAAUGAAAUAGUCAAAGCACAGCUGGCGAUGCUGAACGAGCGAAUGCAAAGCACAGCGUAUUUCACUUUCAUCGUCUCUCCUACAACAAAUCCCAAUACCAAUAUAGCAGGCACUGCGGAAGCCACAGAGAGCGGAGCUGAAGACCAUGUCGCUGAACUACAUCAAGACUUCAAGAAUUAGAGAAUCAGUAGUCUCCUUAUUUUCCAAUUUCAUCGUCAUCGCAUGCAUAGAUACACUCGAGGAUUUUGCUCAUUCCUACAAAAAGAAAGGGUUUUGUUGGAGAUCGACACUGUAGAUAUCUCAAAGGCUAGAAAAAAAGCAUCUUUUUUAUUGCUUUUUCGAUGCUACUUCUACCUAUACAGUCUUUCGUCCAAUCUUAUCCGAUUUAGUGGUAAUCGUUCUGUAGAAGAAGUGCAGUCUAGAUUACCAACACAAUGGCGCCCUCUAUCACAAAGUCGAAGAAAAUCCUUGGAGUUCGGCAUAACGAUAACGCGACGUAUGAGACUACCGUGAAAGCAUACAAGUCGCUCACGCUAUCGUGGCAUCCGGACAAAAAAGCGAAGGAGUUCGAGGCGGAAGCAAGCGCAAAGUUUAAGGAAAUAGCUGCGGCUUAUGAAGUUCUGGAACGACAUCACAAAGGAUCCGAGUUUCGUCUUGAUAAUGGCGGCGACGUUGACAGCGACCAGUGGCACUCUGAUGGCGGUCUGGAGUGCGAGACCAACGAUAGUCGGUCUUCCCUGGUAUCCGAUUCCUCGGAGGGGGAUUCAUCUGAAUCGGAACGCCCGACCGCAGAGCGCCGCAAGAAAGACGCCAGCGGGAAUGCCUCCCGAGCGCCUGUUGCCGACCGUACGCAUCGGCGUUCGCACGACCCUUUCUGGCUCUUCGAAACAUUGUGGGGAGGUAAAGAGGCUGUGCGAUUUGUUAUCUGUCGCGCUAGCCCCAGCGCCAAUCGUUCAAAUCCUGAGCAGUUGCCCCCACCAUUGGACUCCGCCUCCGAGGAGGACGUUGAUGGAAACGUCGGUAGCACAACAGGAGGAUACGGGAUGCGCCCGAUAUACCAUGACUACUCCUCCAAUUUCUUAGGCGGGCUAAUUGGGACUUGGGAAACUACUCCAUCAGACAACAAUGCGAAACAAAUAAUUACAGUUUUUCAUCCUGCGCGCGUCGAUGUUGAUGAAGAGGCUGGGAGCAAGACUGCAUCGAAUCGGAAACGAGCGCGUGUCAAUUCUAGGACAGUGAACGCUCAGGCAUCGUCAUCAUCAUUAUCAUCAUCGAGCAGCGUCAUGGCAGGCGGAUGGAAGUGUGACGUUUCUAUUCGAAGCACAGGUACGCACUCGAGGGGGAAGGCGCGGACAGAAAUACAAUCACAAGAACACACAUCGUCCAAUAGAAUUGUAGCCUUUCCCGGCCGACCGCUCGCCCAUGAAGUAUGGCAGUUGAUUUCAGCGCGUCAAACUUGGAGUGCGGAAAGAGGAACGAUGGAGAUGGAUACUAUGUGCUGGUACCAUAGCACGGCACCGGAAAACUCUUCUAUGGCUUCCCCUGGUGGGUCGAGGACAAGUACCUCUUCCUCCCACUCCGCUGAGAAGUACGUGUCUGAAGACUAA